ACAUAGUCGCUGCCACAAUUGAACAUGCCAGCACUGUGUUGGUUAAGGAAGAAAGAAUGGAAUCUGGUGGCAGCUCCAGUUACAUGAAGGAGGAUUCUUCGAUGGAAGUCAACGGCACCAACAGUUCGAUUGUCGCAAAGAAAACAGUAAUGGUUGAUGGCACGAACAUCUUAGGUGUACUUACGUACUGCAUAGUGUUUGGAGUGAUGCUGAGCCAGUUAGGUCACCGAGGAUCAGCCGUGACACAAUUCUUCACAGGCAUCAACAUUGUCACCCUCAAAAUGAUUAAACUUGUGAUGUGGUUCUCUCCACUUGGAAUAAUGUCACUCAUCAUGGGCCAGAUGAUGUUAUCUGACAUUAUGGAGACUGGACAAACAAUAUCCAUCUACAUUGCCACUGAGUUGGCCGGACUGGCAGUCCACUCACUGGUGAUCCUCCCAGCCUUGCACUUCGUCCUGACCAGACAAAAUCCCUACACCGUAUACAUCAAGUCACUACCAGCCCUCCUGACAGCCUUUGCCACAUGCUCCAGCGCUGCGACACUGCCGGUGACAAUGCAGUGUGUAGAGGAGAGGCUGCACAUAGACAGAAGGAUCUCCCGAGUCAUCCUCCCAGUGGGUGCGACUGUCAACAUGGACGGCGCUGCUAUAUACGCUGUCAUCGCCCCUGUGUUCAUAGCUCAGUACAAUGGAAUCAAUCUGUCUUUGGGGGAUGUCAUCACAAUAAGUUCAACAGCCUUCCUGAGCAGUAUUGGAAUUGCGAGUGUCCCUGGGGUUGGUUUUGCAAUGCUCAUGCUUGUGCUACAGACGGUCGGUCUCCCGGAUCGAGGACUCGCCUUGUUGGUCACCAUUGACUGGCUGUUGGAUCGCUUUUCCACCACAGUGAAUGUGGCCAGUGAUUGCCUAGUGGUAGGAGUUGUCUCCCGUUACACCAAUCUUCCCCCACGUGACCCAUCACCGGCUCAACCGAUGCUGGAGAAUGACAUGGUUUAAGAGAAACAAAGCAUCUGCCUGCAUAUUGCGGAACUCGUCUUCUGAAGUUUGUGUUUUUACACAGUUGAAUAAACAUGACACUAAGCCACUAGGCUAUCAUAUGAUCAAAUAUCUUCAUUUGACCUCAACUGAAUGAAUUUGUUCCUUUUGUCUCAGUCGCGAUAAGAUAAUACUGAUCAAUAAA